UACAAUUUGUGUUUGACGUUUUUUUUUAAACUCGAAGCUUGUUUCUUGUUUUUCACGUUAACAAGUUGUUUACGUUUUGAAAUUUAUAAAAUUAUAAGAAACAAACAUGGAUAACGGUCCUAAAAAGUUCUUUAAAUUAAUAAGGAGGAAUGGUUUACCUCCAGCACAGCCAAAAGAAGUUAUAAAAAAAAACUUGGAACCUUUAUUACAAAACAUUGAGAAGAAAAAGUAUGCACAGGAAGUGUAUUAUAAAGAAAAUCCUAAAGGUGUGAGCCCAUUGAUAAGGAAAGAGAAAGGAUCAGUUCGUCAAAGGUUAGGACAAACUCUAAAGUAUAAAAGAUUAACUAACACUGCAAAUAUAAGUCCAAAAUCAUUGUAUAAAAUCCAAAGAUGUGAAAACUACCCAAUGAACAAAAAAAGAUUUUCGGCACAGGAUCGACUCAACCGAAUUAGGCAAAGUCAGUUAUACUUUUUGAAUAACAACAAUGAAAAAAAAACUAAUACUAUAACAUUAAGGAGAACCAAUCAGUUCAAAAAUACACCCAGGAAUGUUCUUCAAAGGGGAGUACCAUAUCAACGUAAAUUUAAAUUGCGCUUAAAUCAGCAAUUAAUGACUGCAAUUCUUAACAUUCAGUCACAGUAUCAUUCAAUGCCAUUGUAUAUGGAAGAUUAUAUUUGUAGUGCAGAGGCUACUGAUUUAAAAUUAAAUAAUCGGUUUUCUUCUUAUUAAAUCUUAAAAUAGUAAUAUUACCUAGAUAGAUUACUUAUAUCUAAUAUUGCACUGCCAGUAAAAUAUUGGUGUAGGUAAUUCAUAAUUGGUAGUAAUUAAAUUGUAAUAAUUCAAAUCAGUUUAUUUAAUCACCAAAAAUGUAUGUGAGCAACUAAUAACUAUUCAAAUCUGUACAAUUUUAUUAUUAAUUAUUACACCAAUUAUUUUUUACUGGGAGUGCAAUAUAUUGUUAUGUUCGUAAUACCUACUAGAUACUUGUUAUGUUUUGUUUAAGUUUUUUUAUUUUGUGUUUUUGCAACAUUUUAAAAAUACUUCAGUUCUAAAGGUUUGUGUAAUUUUUUUAAUUUAUAAUUUUG